AUGUACUCUGCUCUAGCAGAGAAGUGAGAAAAGCUCCAGAAUGGGAGAAAGCGCGUUUCUAUUGCUGAUGCAGUUGCUUCUGGCUGCACUUGUGACUAAAACUGGUGGAGCGACUCUGAGGCUGGAACUUACUGGGCCUAGCAAGGCCUACCUCAAAUCUACAGUAAUGUUUCAAUGUAAGCUGUCGGAGUUAAUAUUCCCUAGAAGCUGCGACCUCAUUAAAGACAGUGGAGAUGUUCUUGACACAAAACUAUGUGAAAGCCAGCCAGUCACUUUCUACCUGAAGGUUGAUGAUAGGUCAGAGGGAGAGUAUUUUUGCAGAGUGAGAACAAAAGAGCAAACGGAAACAAGCAAUGCUGUGAAGUUACAAGUAGUGAUCCCUGUCCAAGGCACCCAUUUAGCAUCUGAACCUAGCCCGCCUAUCAUCUAUGAGGGGGCAGGGUUUACCCUGCGGUGCCAUGUCAGAAGGGGGACUUUACCCACCUACGUGUGGUACCACAACAAACAGCUUGUGGCCACUUCCACGCCUCUCCACCGUCUCUCUGGAAGCACACUGACAGUGGAGCAGGCCAGUGAAAGGCAUGCUGGAACUUACUCGUGUGAGGCCCAAAAUUACAUAAAGGACCACACCAGACACUCCAGCAGCAGGGAUAUCACCAUUGUUGUGAAAAAAUACCUGUCAGCUCCGAGGCUCUCAUUCAGACUCUACCAUGACGACUCUGGUUACCGCGCCAACAUCAGUUGCCGGUCUGAACGUGGCACACCUCCGGUGACGUUCCAGCUGCUCCUGGAUGGGAAACACAUGGAGGCAAAGCAGGUGUAUUUGCUGGAAGCCUUUUUCACCCUACCUGUCACUGUGGGUCUGGAUAUGGGAGUCCUGCGAUGCAGCGCUCAAACAGACAUGCACCACCUUCUCAGUGACCCGGUGGACCUGGAAGUGGCUCCAGUUGGGGGCACUGCAUAUAUUCACAUGCAGUACCUCUGGAGGACAGAAUCUGUGCUGCCUGCUGCCCUGCUCCAGUGCAACGUCACGAGGGGGACUUUCCCAAUCUUCUCCUGGUCCUUUAACCACUCCCCCGUACCACCAGAGGGAGAGUCUCAUGCUAUCAUCUCUCAUGGCAGCAAGCUAAUUCUCAUAGACAUCAAUACUGGGAACUCUGGGUACUACAGCUGCAGAGCAAGGGACAGUUUUAACUCCAGCUCUUCCUGGUUGGAGAGUAAAGAGGUCAUGGUUAACGAGACAGGUAUCGGGGCAACAUACGUAGAAGUCAUUGCCGUGGCAUUCUACUGUUUCCUGUUGGUGAUUAUUGUGGGAGGAGCAUGCUGUCUCCUCAGCACCAUCAAGUGUCGACGUGACCAUGACACCAGCCCCAAUGAUCAGCACAUGGACAUCUGUGAGCAGACCAAUAGAGAGACAGAGACCAUGUCUGAGGCACAGGUUGAAGAAAUGGAGACUGUAAUCAUGGAAAAAGAAGUUUAGAAUGAGAGAGAAUUGCUAAACAGGUCUGACUAUCUUCUAACAUCAUUUAGUAAAGUCUGGAGCAUAAAGGUGGAUUGCGAGGAAUAUCUCUAUCUCUCAUGAUGUGUCACUUACACUGUGACUUUGGUUUCCCUCCUCUCCUUCUGUCUUUGAAAGCAGCGUGUACAUGAGCGAGACCUGAGGCAUAACGGAUAUCGCAGAUAUGUGGCUUUGAGCAAUCACUUUGAUUCUCAAACAGCUUACAGGACUUCUGACAGAUUUCUACCAUUAGUUCCAUCUUGGGAUAUUUUGAACUCUAUUUUCCUUGGGUUUUUUUUGUUUUUUGCUAAUACAGUACAUUGCUUGUUGAUUAAAAAUAUUUUUGUAUGCCAAUAAAUGUUCAAUAAAUGUC